AUGUCGGAUGACAAUGUGGAUAAUAGCAAACAGUUCGAUGAAGAUGCAUUCAAGUCUAUGCUUCAAGAGAAUGGCAUGGAGGAUUUUAAUUCAUUUAUAGAUGGCUAUUAUGAUGAAGCAUCGAAUGUCGAAGGAGAACCUGAUGAAGAAGAUGAACCUGAAGAAGAUGAUGAUCCUCAAGAAGAAGAUGAUGAUGCUCAAGAAAAUGAUGAUCCUGAAGACGCUGAUGCACCUGAAGAAGCUGAUGAAUCUCAAAAUGCUGAUGCACCUCAAGAAACUGAUGAACCGCAAGAAUCUGAUGCGCCUCAAGAAACUGAUGAACCGCAAGAAUCUGAUGCACCUCAAGAAACUCCAUCAGCUGAACCUCAGGAGGAUGUGGAAGGGGCUAGUCCGACAAAACCUGCUGACAUACAGUCUAAACCUGCUGAUGCACAAGCUAAACCUGGUGAUAAAAAAGGUAAACCUGGUGAUGCAAUACCUAAACCUGCUGAUGCAAACGCUAAACCUGGUGAUGCAAAAGCUAAACCUGGUGAUACAAAAGCUAAACCUGGUGAUACAAAAGGUAAAACUGGUGAUAUAAAAGCUAAACCUGCUGAUGCAAUACCUAAACCUGGUGAUGCAACACCUAAACCUGGUGAUGCAAAAUCUAAACCUGGUGGUGCAAAACCUAAACCAGCUGAUACAACACCCAAAACUGCAAAGCCUAAAGCUCGAAAACCUAAAACUGGAACGUCUAAACCUAAAGUUCCCAAACCUGCACAGCCUAAACCUAAAGUUCCCAAACCUGCGAACAAAGCUGCUCAUAUGUUACAAAAGGACUUUAAAGGCAAACCUGCUAAACCUAUUUCUAAUAUCGUUACCAAUCCACAAUAUCAAAAACCAAGACAGAUGUAUUAUUUGUUUACACAAUAUGAUCCAUAUGGCAAUGGAUACAUAACAAUAAAUGAUGCAUAUUUAUACCUCCCACAAUUAGGUCUUUCCCAACAAGCAUUAAUGUAUGCACAAUAUCUUAUUCCACAUAUCAAUAGAUAUGGUAAUGGGACAAUGGACUUUCAAGGUUUAAUGGGCUUAGUUUAUUAUCUAAAUCAAUUGCCCUAUCAAACUGUCAUUUAUGUUGGAUAA